UAACUUACUUCGAUGUGUGCGCCGUUGACUCAGUUCAGUCUGAAAGCAAAGCUCGUCGCAAACACAAGUGCCAAGCGGAUCGUUUGGUUUUUAUAUUAUAAAGCCGCUAACUUUUUUAGAAUUCCGAAGUGAUAGUAAAUUCCCAACGCUUAUUCAUCAAAUAUAUAUCGUAUCUACUGACGAGGUAGUCGACAUUAAAGUUUAAAUUUCCGCUAGUGAUAAGGAGUGAUAAUUGUGAUAAGCAAAGGAAAAUUAUUUUUUGUAAAAAUGCGUACUAGCAAAAGUAUACAAAUCUUUGGCUUUAUGCUGCUUCUGGUUAUAUGCACUCAUGCCAAUCCCCUUAAGGAUUUGGAUAAAAUUGAUACGGAGUUAAGUGAUUUGAAUGCCGUUGCGAAUAAAACAGCUGUCGAGAAGUUGAAGGAGGAUAUUGACUCGGUUUCAGAUAUUGCUUCCAGUUCAACUGAAUUGCAACCACAACAUGCCUAUCCACAUCGCGAUGAGGAUCAAUUAAAUACUGCCACGAAUUUAGUGCUGGCCCAAAACUAUAAAUAUGAUGUCGAAAUUCUGGAAUCCGGUGACGAAGAUAGUGACGAAAGCAAGGAUUCCGAGGAGAUGGAAGAGCGCUUCAAGGGUCAUGGUCUUCAGGAACUAGAAACUGAGAGCUUUACGGCGGAGAAUAUUGAAAUGACACCUCUGGACGUUGAUUCUAGUGCAAUUAGCGAAAGCCACAUGUUGCUCAGCAUUAUUUUGGUGGUCUUGGCCUUGGCAUCGGUUGGCCUGUAUGCUGGUUUGGUUAUUUGGCGUUCGCAUUUAGAACAACGAUAUGGUAUGCGCGAGAGACUGGUCAAUCGAGAUGUGGAUGAAGAGGGUAUUGACGAUACCGAUUAUCACGUGUACGCCCCAACCACAACACCAACAACGACGCGUGCGUAGUGGGUUAAGUGGCGGAGGAGUAAGAGAGGAGAGCAGAUGGCAGUGACAGGAGCGAAGGAGAUACAAUUACGCUUAAGUUCACUUAGAAUUGCACUUGACAAAACCGUUAAUUUAGCGCAUAUUGAUUGAAUGAAUGAGUUCAUCUAAUGAAUGCCAUAAAUUUUACACAAUUCCAGACACGAUCAUCAGCUACCUGUGCUGAUCUGAUCUGUCGGAUUCAAGUGCAUUCCCAAUUAACUACAUAAUGCACACUAACCACACAACAAAAGGUCAUAUUACAUAUAUAACGUAUAUUAUAGUCUACAACUAGAUGUGUAAUUGACAAAGCCAAUUUAGUUUUUAAGUUUCUGUGAUAUUGCUCUAGAGAUUCUUUUUUUUUGUAUGAAAAGAGCCAAGAUUUGACAUUUGAAUGGUGCCAAGUAUUAUGAAAAAUAUAUUAUGCAAGCUUUGCGCCUUGAAA